AUGUUUUCCGCGCGAAAUACCGAAACUCCUAAUCCUUUCCGGCCUGCCCUCCAAUACCUUCUCUCAUCGACCAAGCUGUCUCGCGCGCAUCACAGACAGAGCAGUUCCUCCAGCAGCACAGAUACGGAACAUCACCAAGCGCAAAGAAUGUCUUCCUCACUUCACCCAAAGAGCCCUUCCGAGUUUCGUUCCAAUUCAAUCCCCCUGAUCAGCAUUUCGCGAUCCCCCUCCCCUUUUCAGAGACGCAGGUCAGAUUCCAAUCCGGGCUCAGAAGCCACGGACGAAGACGACUGGGGCGAUUACCCCUCGGCCUCGCGGAGGUCUCUUCUACCAGCAGAUGGAUACAAGCUUACGGGCUGGAAAUAUUUUGUAUAUGGAGGAGGAUUCGGACAAUGGCUCUUUACAACGCCAACCGGCUGGACGUUUUAUAUCGGAGUACUGGUGAUAUGGCUGGGAGGAUGUCAGAUUGGUUUGACCGUCAUGAACCGGAUCGUCAUGUGGAGUGCGUACCUUCUCGAGAAUUAUACAUCUCAUACGAAACUGAUGGUGUUAAUAGCCGGUGUAUACAAAUUCAACUGGCCGCUGACAACGGCGUUGAUCGAGAUGCUCAUGACACAUUGUUGGAUCCUUCUUUCUGCUUAUAUAACACGGUGGACGAGUCCGUGGCUUGUGAGUGCCGGUGUUUCUUCCAUGGUUGCGCCUUCGAAGCCACUUCCAAAGUCAACCCAAGGUGGGUUUCGAGGUAUGCAAAAGAAUGGCGGAGGAGGAAUCCUAGGAACUAUCUCCCGUUGGACGUCGAACUUCUCGGGCGGUAUUGCUGGAGGCGGUUUAUUCGAAAUGGAGUGGGCGGUUGCCAAGCAAGUGCUUCCUCUCGCGAUAAUAUUCAUUGCAAAGGUCUCGCUAAGCAACUUGUCCUUUGCCUACGCGGAACUACAGAUUUACACUUUGGCACGCAUCGCCAUCGUACCAUUCUCUCUUAUCUUCACAUCGACUCUUAAUGGUACAUCGCAUAGCGUGACGACGUUGAGCUCAACUUUAACCGCUACCCUCACCUUACUCAUUGCGCUUUCCAGAACCAGCAUGCGAGCCGCCUGGGAAGCCAUCGUUGCUGGUGUCUUUUCCUCCAUAUUCGUGGCACUCUACCCCGUUCAAAUUCAACGGACUUACAAAUCACUGGUCGCAUCCCUUGUCCCCCAGGGCGAACUCAUAGGGACCUUCCCCUCAGCAAGCACACCCGCUGAUUACUCCGGAUCCCGCGAAGAAACCCGCGCUUACUGGCGCCUUUUACAUUAUACCUCCACACUAUCCAUCCUAAUUUUCAUCCCCAUCGUAAUUCUCUCCGGCGAGCUUACCGAUAUAUCCCGCAACUGCUAUUUCCUAGAUCUAUUCUGGCCCUGGCUCAUGAUCCCCAUUGACCACGACGUUCCUGUUUGUACCCAGAGCGGCAUUUUUGUCGCCGAUCAUGGCUGGGUUCAAAUUACCAGCGUUCGCCUGGAUUGGGAUUGGCAUGUGUUGGUCGUGUUGUGGGUGGUUUCUGAUGGGGAAGAGGAGGGAGGGGAGAUCGGUUGA